AUGAAGAUCACAUUCAAGGAUCUCAAGCAGAACAAGUUCGUCAUCGAAGCCGAGCCAUCGGAAACGAUUGGCGAGCUCAAGGCAAAGAUCCAGAGCGACAAGGGCUGGGAAGUGCCCCAGCAGAAGCUGAUCUACUCCGGCAAGAUCCUCCAGGAUACCAACACUAUCGAGUCGUACAGUAUCGAGGAGAAGGGCUUUAUUGUCUGCAUGGUUUCCAAGCCCAAGCAGCCCGCCGCAUCCGCCAGCAGAGCUCCCUCAACACCUGCGAAGCCAGCAGCGCCAGCUCAGACACCCGCUGCGCCUGCAGCUCCCGCCGCGCCGGCUCCCUCAUCCUCGACUACACAAAAUGUCCCCGCCACACCCUCGCCAGCCCCUGCGCAGCAACCAGAGCGCUUCAACGACCCCUCGGCUCUGACAAUGGGUGGCGAGCGCGAGGCAGCCAUUGCCAACAUGGAGAGCAUGGGUUUCGCGCGAGCAGAUAUCGAUCGCGCCAUGCGCGCCGCCUUCUUCAACCCCGACCGUGCGGUUGAGUACCUUCUGACAGGUAUUCCAGAGAGCGCGCUCCAGGAACAGGCACAGCAGCAGGCACAAGCGCGUGCACCGACCUCGCCACCGCCCGCUGCGGGAGGGAACACAAGUGCAACACCCGCCGCUUCUGGAGGAGAUGAGCCGAUAAAUCUGUUCGAGGCUGCUGCGCAAGCUGGUCAGGGCCGCGGGGGUGCUGGUGGUGCACGCUCAGGAGCUGCAGCAGGCGGAGCUGCAGGCGCUGGUGCUGGUGCUGGUGCGCUCAACGCCAACAGCCUCGACUUUCUGCGCAACAACCCACAAUUCCAGCAGCUACGACAGGUCGUACAGCAACAGCCUCAGAUGCUUGAGCCGAUCUUGCAGCAAGUCGGCCAGGGCAACCCUCAGUUGGCGCAGAUGAUCGCAUCAAACCCUGAGCAGUUCCUGCAGUUGCUUGCCGAAGACGCCGAUGAUGAUGCGCCACUGCCCCCGGGCGCACAGUCCAUCUCCGUUACGGAGGAGGAGCGUGAGGCUAUCGAGCGCUUGUGUCGCCUUGGCUUUGAGCGCGACCUAGUGAUCCAGGCUUACUUCGCGUGUGACAAGAACGAGGAACUCGCCGCUAACUUCCUCUUCGACCAGCCCGAGGACUUGGACGACCAGUAG